GCAUACUUAUUAUUUGCUAUUGCUUAUAAAUUGUUUUCUUUCGGUCUCUCGUUUGAUUGAUGUGUAUCCUUAAUCCAUAUUAUUACAUUUUAGAAGUUUUGUCGCUAAACAAACCUCAUUAAUUUUUUGUCGGGACAUUAACUAGUGACCACCAAAUAAAUCAUGCCGCAAGAAAUUAAGGAAAUCAAAGAUUUCCUCCUAAAGGCUAGAAGGAAGGAUGCCAAAUCUGUCAAGAUUAAGAAGAACAUUGAAAAUGUUAAAUUCAAAGUUCGUUGUUCUCGAUUCCUUUACACCUUAGUAAUCACAGACAAGGAAAAAGCAGAGAAACUUAAACAAUCAUUGCCACCUGGUCUUCAAGUGAAGGAGAUCAAAUGUAAAAAGAUGAACAUUGACGAUAAAGAGAAAAAAUGAUAAGGUUGCUGUGGAUUAACGUAUAUAUUAAAUAUAAUUAACUUUAUUACA